GGAAGGCGGCUCCGCACAGCCAAGAUGGCGGCGGUGGAGCUGGAGUGGGUGCCCGAGACGCUCUACAACACGGCCAUCUCGGCUGUCGUGGACAGCUACGGGCGGGCGCGGCGCCGCGACAUCCGCUCGCUGCCCGAGAACAUCCAGUUCGACGUGUACUAUAAGCUUUACCAACAGGGCCGCUUGUGCCAGCUGGGUAGUGAAUUUUGUGAACUAGAAGUUUUUGCAAAGGUGCUACGAGCUUUAGAUAAAAGACAUCUGCUCCAUCACUGUUUCCAGGCUCUGAUGGACCAUGGAGUCAAGGUUGCUUCUGUCCUGGCCUAUUCCUUCAGCAGACGGUGCUCCUACAUUGCAGAGUCAGAUGCUGCUGUGAAAGAAAAAGCAAUCCAGAUUGGCUUUGUUUUAGGGGGGUUCCUGUCAGAUGCAGGCUGGUACAGUGAUGCUGAGAAGGUUUUCCUUUCCUGCCUUCAGCUGUGCACCCUCCACGAUGAAAUCCUUCACUGGUUCCGUGCUGUGGAGUGUUGUGUGAGGUUGCUGCACGUUCGGAACGGGAACUGCAAGUACCACCUGGGAGAGGAGACCUUCAAGCUGGCACAGUCCUACAUGGACAAGCUGGCCAAGCACGGGCAGCAGGCCAACAAGGCGGCGCUCUACGGGGAGCUCUGCGCGCUGCUCUUCGCCAAGAGCCACUACGACGAGGCCUAUAAGUGGUGCAUAGAAGCCAUGAAGGAGAUCACAGUUGGGCUGCCUGUAAAAGUAGUGGUGGAUGUGCUACGACAAGCCUCAAAGGCCUGUGUGGUGAAACGGGAGUUCAAGAAGGCUGAGCAGCUCAUAAAGCAUGCCGUGUACCUUGCCAGGGAGCAUUUUGGAGCCAAGCACCCCAAAUACUCUGACACGCUACUAGACUACGGAUUUUACUUGCUCAACGUAGACAAUAUCUGCCAAUCUGUUGCCAUCUAUCAGACAGCGCUCGAUAUCCGGCAGUCGGUAUUUGGAGGUAAAAACAUCCACGUAGCUACAGCUCAUGAAGACUUGGCUUAUUCUUCAUAUGUUCACCAGUACAGCUCUGGGAAAUUUGACAAUGCACUAUUCCAUGCUGAACGUGCUAUUGGCAUUAUCACUCACAUUCUCCCAGAAGACCAUCUCCUCUUGGCCUCCUCGAAGAGAGUGAAAGCACUCAUCCUGGAGGAGAUUGCCAUAGACUGUCACAACAAGGAGACAGAGCAGAGGCUGCUCCAGGAGGCUCAUGACCUGCACCUCUCCUCGCUCCAGUUGGCUAAAAAAGCCUUUGGGGAGUUCAACGUGCAAACAGCCAAACACUACGGCAACCUGGGCAGACUGUAUCAGUCCAUGAGGAAGUUCAAGGAAGCAGAGGAAAUGCACAUCAAGGCCAUCCAGAUCAAGGAGCAGCUCCUAGGGCAGGAGGAUUAUGAAGUUGCCCUCUCCGUGGGCCAUCUCGCCUCCCUCUACAACUAUGACAUGAACCAGUAUGAAAAUGCUGAAAAGCUUUAUCUGAGAUCCAUAGCAAUUGGAAAGAAGCUUUUUGGUGAAGGAUACAGUGGACUUGAAUACGACUACAGAGGUCUCAUUAAACUGUACAAUUCCAUUGGCAAUUACGAGAAGGUGUUUGAGUACCACAACAUUUUGGCCAAUUGGAACCGGUUGCGGGACCGGCAGUUCUCGGUCACGGAUGCGCUGGAGGACGUCAGCACCAGCCCCCAGUCCACGGAAGAAGUGGUCCAGUCUUUUCUGAUGUCUCAGAACCUCGAGGGACAGAGCAGCUAAGAACUUGGUCAAUUAACCAGUUAAGGUUUUUUCCCCCAGGUUACAGGGGGAAAAGUCAUACUGUGAAAUCUAAACCAUGUAGUUCUCUGGGGGCUGGAAUUUGCGUUGAAACACUGGUCCAGUCUACUGAAGAGUGCCCAUACGGAUGAAUGUGUGUUAAAUUCCUCUCAGCAUGUGUAUGGCAUGUUUAGUUCGGCUCACAUUUUUAACUUGGUAUUCCCAAAAAACCCCCUUCUCUCUCUCUUCUUUCAAAAGAAGCUACUUUGCAGAAAGUCUGCAAGAAAACAUUAAAUAAAACUGUUUGAGUUCAAAAGAGUUGCAUUCUUAUUACAGAUGGAAGGUUUCAUCGAGAGCUUUCUGCUGAUUCACAGAGAACAAAAGCUGUACUCUGAGGAGCUGUAGGAGAAAGGUCUUGCUGCUGUAUCAUUGUAGCAAAGUUCAUGGUAAAUAGCCAGCAAAGGGAGAUGUGCUGGCCUUGGCUGCUGCCUUACCAAGAAAAGUGGCAAAGACCCACUCUGGAGAGCACCAUCCGCUCGUUGAGUGCCACCUGUGCUGUUGUGGAUGCCCUGAACUGGACCAGUACAGAUCCCAUAGACCAGCAAGCGCAGUGUCCUCGGUGCCACCACCAGUGCUCCCCUGAGCAGGACCAGGACACCACGGUGGACCAGCCUGCUAGAAACCGCUUUUGGACCAGUGGCUUUAAUUUAAUAGUUCUGCCCCUGCAUUCACUUUGACAUAGAACUCUCUCAUUUAGGUGUCUGAUCAGUGCAAGCGAUAUCCAUGUGAUAGAUCCAGAGCUAGGAAGUGAAUUGAUGGUUUGUCUGUACCCAGUGAGCUUCUGCAGAGAUUCCUGGCAGUGCCACAGCUCCACCCGCUCUGCUCUGCUGUAGCCACUCCUCCUUCCCUCUCCCACAGGCUCUUUCUCUGCUAACAGAGGCCAUACCGUGUUCAUACCAGUGAAGAGUUUUGUAUUCCAGUCCAGUUCCAUUUUCUGUUUCUGGAGAACACAACUUACUGUACAGGUCGCAGGGGUCAGUGGAAAAUGCCAAAAAGCACAACAGGUCUUUUUUUUGUGAUGCUUCAUUUCUACAUUAAACAAGAGUACAACCAGAAA